AUGGUCAACUUCACCAUCCUCGCAGGUGGAUACACCACCUUCAUAGCUACCUACAGCUUCAACACGGACGACAACUCCCUCACCUACCUCAAUCAAUACACAACAGGUCCAAACCCGUCCUGGAUUAGUGCUAGUGUUACGAAUACCAGCAUUCUCUAUGCGGUAAAUGAGAAUACUCCAGGAGCACUACAGUCUUUCACCGUAGGGCCUGAAGGUGCUUUGACGGGCCCUUACGACACUGCAUACUCCGGAGGAGAUGGCCCUCCCUACUGUGCACAGCUGACCACUGGCCAGGUCGGCAUCAUGAACUAUGGCUCGGGGACAGGUCGUAUUAUCCCGACUCUGGAAGAUCAACUGUACUUCUCUAAUGACUCUACAACGAUCACGUUCCCCUCGCCUCCAGCCCCGAAUGUCUCGCUUCCCCAUAUGGCUUACCAGUAUGGCUCAGAAGUAUUUGUACCAGACAAGGGAAACGACAAGAUCUGGAGGCUUACCCAGAACGGAUCGGCAGGUGACUGGAAGAUCCAGGGUCUGAUAGAACAGCCACAGUACAGCGGACCGAGGCACAUUCGAAUCUAUCAGGACAUGCUCUACACCGUCCACGAGCUCGCCAGCACACUCACCCUCCAAGCCGUCCCUUCUCCUCCCAACGGUACAACCCCCAUCCUCGCUGACCUCUCCAUGAUCCCACCCAACCCACCUGCCGGCUCCGUCUUUGCUGGCGCCGAGAUCCUUAUCCCCGAGCCCACCGAGAACUUCCCCACUCCGUACAUAUACACAUCGAACCGUAACACAGGCGUGCAAGACUCGCGCGGGGACACGAUUGCCAUAUUCGAGCAUGUGGGAGACGGGUUGCAACUGGUGCAGCAGGUGUAUACGGGGUUGGACCAGAUUAGAGGGAUGAUGAUGGGUCCGGCGGGGGCUGGGGAGGAGUAUAUCGUGGCGGCUGGGUAUGCGGGGACGGCGGGUGUUAAGAUGUUUAGGAGGACAGAGGGAGGGAGGAAUUUGGAACAGGUUGCUGUGAACACGGAGCUCCCGACCAGGACUUCAUUCGUCUGGUAUGAGAGUUGAGUGAUGACGACGACGGACAAAAGUGCAUCUUUGCAUCUACAGAGUUAAACAAAAAUAAAAGUCAAUUGUAACCUGAAUGCUGAAACUGGGGGGACGCGGUGCUGGGAUAUAUGGUUAUGUAGAAUGGUGUCUGAUCCUGACAAGUGAUCAUGAUUGUGUUGUCGU